CACAACGAUCAACCUCGGGCACAGGAGAAGAAAACUGCACGCAUCGCUGCAUCAUGCUGUAAUAAUGAGUUCAGAGGAGGGUUUGCAAUCAACAUGGAGCUAUGAUUACACCAAGUAUCACCCCAUGGAUGAGAUCUACAGGUGGAUGGAAGAAGUCGAGCGAGGAAACCCAGGGCUGGUCUCCUCUGCUGUGUAUGGACAAACCUAUGAAGGACGAAAUAUCACACUGCUGAAGCUGGGCCUGAAAAACUCAGAGGGCAGAGAGAAGAAGGUGAUCUGGGUGGACUGCGGUAUCCACGCUCGAGAGUGGAUCGCUCCCGCCUUCUGCCAGUGGUUCGUUAAAGAGAUCGUGAACUCGUAUAAAACCAACAAGAAGCUGGAACAGAUGCUGCAGAACCUGGACAUCUAUGUUACUCCUGUAAUUAAUGUGGAUGGAUAUAUAUUCACCUGGACCAAUGACAGCACUCGUCUGUGGAGAAAGUCCCGUUCCCUCCCUCCCCAAGGAAGUGACUGUUAUGGUGUCGACCUCAACAGAAACUUUAAUGCCAACUGGGGAACCGUAGGUGUGUCAUUUGACAGUUGUGCCAACACCUACUGUGGGAAAUCACCAGCGUCAGAGCCAGAGGCUAAAGCUGUGAUGGACUUUGUUGGCGGAAUGGCUAAACAGAUUCUGUGUUUCCUCACUAUCCACUCUGCUGGGCAACUCAUACUCCUGCCAUAUGGCCACCCUGAGAUCUCUGCACCCAACUACAAUGAACUGGUUUCAGUUGGCAAGGCUGCAGCAGCAGAGAUGAAGAAGGUGCAUGGAAUGAACUACACUGUAGGGACGUCUCCACAAAUCCUCUAUCCAAACUCAGGUUCGAGUCGUGACUGGGCUCGUCUCAUUGGUAUCCCAUUCUCGUACACCUUUGAGCUGAGGGACAAAGGUGAGUUCAGCCACUUGCUACCAGAGGAGCAGAUACAGCCGGCCUGCGAGGAGGCGUACGCAGGAGCUCUCUCCAUCAUCGCUCAUGUUCACGACAAGACUUUCACUGACGGUACCCUCCCUAACGCUGCUGUCACCACGGUGAUGGGCUUCAACACAGUUUCUGGGGUUGCUAUGACGAUGUGGUGCACUCUCAUGACUGUGUUACUCACUGCAGGGAUCUCAGUGUAAGACUCAAUCAUACAAAGCUGGGUUAGAAGGAGAUACUGCAGAUUCUGGUCAGGCCUCUUUCAGAAGGGUCAGAGGUGAUGACUGAGCAUUCAACGGAAAUAUUUAAUAUUGCAAUUAUAUCUACAAUCUAUUGUAUUUUUUAUCAUCAUUAGUGUAUAUUAAUGUUGUGUAAAUUUUGAUUUUAUUGGAGGCAACCGACUUGAAACAAAAUUUCACAGCAACAUGAUGUUAAUGCUGUUGUACAUGCUUUGCACAGCAGGGGGCAGCGUUGCCUUAUUUUACACACCACACUCUUUCCCAUCCGUGUGGGGCUUCUCUCAACCUGACGCAUUUCAUUUUAUUAAAUUCAUUUUCUUUAUCUGUGUCACGCGGCUGAUGAAGUUUACAUAUACGUUAGUCUCCUCUCUCAUAUAUGAGCAUCUUCUUGUUUUGCCAUCACAACUGAUUCUCACAAUCUCCAGCAUCAGGUUCAUGUCAAAAGACACACACAUCAUAUGACUUGAUGAAAGUACACUUUAAUGAGGACUGUGAGAUGGAGGUUUAUCUGUGAUUAAUUUUUGUGAAAAUUUCCAUGAAGAAUUUUGAGCAUCAAAGAGUUCAUGGUUUCUCUCUUGGGGUAGGUGCAGUGUUGCUGUAGAGCAGGGUUCUUGAACAAAUGUAUCUAUACAAAAAAAAAAAAUCAUUGUCACACUUUAAUAAACAGUGGUGGAA